UAGAUCCCAUUGUCCUAAUUUUUUCCACCAGAUCCUUCCAUUCCAUGCGACGACAAAAAACCUGCCCCCAUUUAAUCCCCCCGGCCCCCUUCCUCAGCUCCCACGACAGAAACCCACAGUUUAAUGUCCUCAACACAUCUAACAAUUAACACAAAAACAAAAAAAAUUCGCAAGAAUUAAGAAAUCAACCAACCAUAAAUCUCCAUUUCAGCCAUGUUGAUCACCAUCCAUGAUCCUGCUGCUAGCACCAAUUACCCAGAGAAAAUGCGAAGAUGCCAAGAAUAUAUUGAAGCCCUUGAAGAAGAACGCCGCAAGAUUCAAGUUUUCCAACGUGAACUCCCCCUUUGUCUUGAGCUUGUCACUCAAGCGAUAGAGGCAUACAAGCAACAAUUGUCGGGAACGACGACUGAGUGUAAUUUGAAUAUUGGGCAAUCUGAGUGUUCUGAGCAGACUACAUCUAGUGAUGAUGAUGAGGGUCCUGUGUUGGAAGAAUUUAUUCCUUUGAAGAGGGCUUCAUCAUUAUCUCAGGACGAGGAAGAUGAUGAACAACAAUCUCCUAAAUCGGCAAAUCAUAGGACUGAUGAUGAUGAUGAUGAUGACAACAAUAAUAAUGGUGAUUCCAGUGAUUCCUCCAAAGAUGGCAAGGUUUCCAAGAAACAAGAUUGGCUUAGAUCUGCCCAGCUUUGGAAUCAGUCAUUCACAGAUCCAACCCCUAAAGAGGAAUCUCCAAGCAAUUGCAAGGUGGGAGUGAAGAGGAAUGGGAGUGGAGGAGCGUUUCAUCCGUUCAAGAGAGAGAAGAGCGCCGGAACAAGCAGUCCCGCCGUGCAAACGCUAGACAGUACGACGGCCGGCGUGGGUAACGGCAGCGGAGGUGGCGGCGGUGGAAGUAAGAAGGAAGAAAAGGAAACACAGUCCCAGAGAAAGCAAAGGCGGUGCUGGUCGCCGGAGUUGCAUAGAAGGUUCUUGCAAGCCCUCCAACAACUCGGCGGUUCACAUGUUGCCACGCCAAAACAGAUCAGGGAAUUAAUGAAGGUGGAUGGUCUUACAAAUGAUGAAGUUAAGAGCCACUUGCAGAAAUAUCGGCUACAUACUAGAAGACCAACUCCGUCCAUUCGUAACAACGGUAGCCAGCAGCAAGGACCACAAUUUGUUGUGGUGGGGGGAAUUUGGGUGCCGCCACCGGAAUAUGCAGCAGCGAUGGCACCUCCGCCGACGUCCGGUGAAGCUGCCACUUCAAAUGGAAUAUACGCGCCGGUCGCCACCACACCAAAACAAACUCAACAAAAUAGAACAAUUCCAUUCUCCGGUGAGAAAGGCGGAGCACGGCGUUCUGACUCACCCUCCACCUCUUACUCAACGCACACCACCACCACUUCUCAUUCUUCCUAAGACUAAUCAUUUUUCAUUGUACAUUUUUUUUUUCGAGUGCACGUGUAAAAGAGUUAACAUUUUUGCAAUUAAUCGUCUGAAUCAGCAUGUAAUAUUAAUGGGUUACAUAUUAUAUAUGAAAUAUAUAAAUAAAGAAGAAAUUAUAGAGUUGUUUUUUAUUUCAAA